GGCGGCAGCGCAGAAGAAGCAUCAUUCAGCAACACUCAACGAGACCGGAGAGACGACGAAGGUCGCCAUUUUGCUUCUGCUGAACACUACUCAAGUUUAGAUCUCCGUGCGGGUGCUCCGUUUAGUGAAAAAUAAUCGCAUCCCAUCGGUUUCGCGGCCGGUAAUAAUAGUUCCCAUCGAAGCGCAUCGUUCCGUGCAAUCUCGGUGAGGUGUUUGUGGCGUGAAUCGAGUGUGAUUUGCUGACUUUCCGAAAGAUUUUACUCCCGAAGAUUCGGGUUUUGUGACCGGUGAAAGGUUAAACAGUUUUUGCACGGCAAAAUGGAUAUGUCAGGGCCCCCAAGAGGCGGAUUCCGUGGUCGCGGUGGUGGAUUUAGCGAUCGCGGUCGUGGCGGAUUUGGCGACCGAGGACGAGGCCGCGGAGGUCGUGGCGGUCCGAUGAUGGGUCGCAUGAUGGGUGGUCCCCCGAUGAUGCGUGGACGUGGUGGCAUGAUGCGUGGCGGCCCGCCCCGUGGUUUCGGUGGUCCACCGCGAAGUGGUCCCCCGAUGUCCCGGGGUGGCCCAUACGGAGGUCGUCCACCGAUGGGAGUCGGUGGUGCUCCACGCAGCAGCUAUUCAUCAUCCGUAUCGAACGGUUCCGGUCCGCCGCCUUCGUCAACGACCGAGAAUGGGAACGACCUGAAAACGGCAGACACCACCAGCGGCAGCGCAGCCAAGACGGUACCGACUACCAGCGGAAGCACACCGACUUCGACGUCGAGCUCGGCAGCUCCGUCUACCGCACCGAAAACUAGUGCCCCAGCAUCGUCACAGGUUCCUAGCUCUGAUUCGGGCCGGGCAACACCUCCGCAACCGAUCAAGACAGCCGACUCUAGUAGUCUUUCCCAUCCCAGAGAAUCGCAAGAUUCUUCAAUUCAAUCGACAGGUAGUUCCUAUCAUUCUUCGAGGGGCAUGGGAUUCCGAGGCCGCGGAAGCUAUCCUCCACGUGGAAGUUAUCCUCCUCGAGGUCGUGGCGGUUACGGAAGCAGCUACGAUGGUCCACGUCCAUACCGCGGUGGAAUGGGCGGGCGUGGUCGUGGCGGCUAUGGCGGAAGCGGUCCAGGAGGCUACGGAGGUGCUCCAAGUUAUAACAGUGGCUAUAACAAUGGCCCUCCUCCGUCGUACGGUCAAAUGGGUGGAGGAUACCAACACAGCGGUUACAACCCAGGACCUCCACCACGGCAGCAGUUUGACACACGGCAACCAUCAAACACAACCACAGUGACACCGAUCAAGCGCGGUGGUAUGCCCGGAAGUGGUCCUCCAGGUCCCAAGCGAGGUCGCUACGAUUCGGGUCCUCCCAGCCGAUCAUUCCCCCCGAAGAGCAUGCCGCCUCAUCACGGUGCUGCGGCCCCGGUUUCGUCAUACAGUGCACCGCCCUCGGCGACAGGCCACGGGGGCUACCCGGAACACAACCAUCCCCCGGCCAGCAUGGAUCAGUACGGUUCGCACAGCGCAACCACGGCCGGCGGUUACGGCACGACCGGUGCCUCCCAGAGCAGUUACAGCGCCAACGGAUACGGUCAAAGCUCGUACGGUAGCGCGGCAAUGGCCUCAACAGGCUACGCAGCUGGCACGGAGUAUGACACUAGUCACUACGAUUACAGCACCGGAACAUACGACAGCAGGUAUCAAACUGGAUACUCUCAAGACUACAGCCAAUCGUAUGGUACCACCACCGAUUACAGUGCUGUGUCGACGGAAACCUAUCCCAGCCAGCAGUACGAUGACCGAUCAACCGGAUAUGCCGGCUACGAUAUGAAGCGUUGGAAUCCCGUCGGAUAGCGGCCAACCGAAUUUUCAAGAAAAUGCAGCAUCGUUGAAACAAAUUGAGGAUACCACUUUCGCCGGCAACUGACAGUCAUCGACAUGAUGUUUGAAACACACACUUUGCGAUUUUACCGGUAUGAUCGCAGCUGAUACGCACACAGCUGGAACGUUUUCGUCGCAUCGGACUUUGAGUGUCAAAAAUGCAUGAGGUAACAUGGUCUCUUUCGUGAAAAUGUCUUCAACAGAAAGCCAAACCACUUUGAUUUCGGAUAUGUUUUAGAAAUUCGUUUUUUACGACCCACUAAAGGGGAUUUAAAUUUAUCUAAGCAUACAAAAUGAUUCUUGUGGAUGUCUUCAAAACUAGGUCGUUUUAGAAUAUUUGCGAAUGUAAAACACCAAACCACUUUAAUUUCGGAUAUGUUUUAGAAAUUCGUUUUUUGCACCCCUCGAAAGAGGGGAUGAGUCUAUAUUCUAUAUUAUCUUGUAAAAUGAUUCAUGUGGAUGUCUUCAAAACUAGGUCGUUUUAGAAUAUUUGCGAAAACUUAAUGCCAAACCACUUUAAUUUCGGAUAUGUUUUAGAAAUUCGUUUUUUGCACCCCUCGAAAGAGGGGCUAAGUCUAAUCUCUACAAACUUGUAAAAUGAUUCAUGUGGAUGUCUUCAAAACUAGGUCGUUUUAGAAUAUUUGCGAAUGUAAAAUACCAAACCACUUUGAUUUCGGAUAUGUUUUAGAAAUUCGUUUUUUGCACCCCUCGAAAGAGGGGUCAUGUCUAAUGUCCUGUCUCAACUACAAUGAUUCAAGCGGAUGUCUUCAAAACUAGGUCGUUUUAGAAUAUUUGCGAAAGCUUAAAACCAAACCACUUUAAUUUCGGAUAUGUUUUAGAAAUUCGUUUUUUGCACCCCUCGAAAGAGGGGUCAAGUGUAAUGUCUGUCUCAACUAAAAUGAUUCAAGCGGAUGUCUUCAAAACUAGGUCGUUUUAGAAUAUUUGCGAAAGCUUAAUACCAACCCACUAUAAUUUCGGAUAUGUUUUAGAAAUUCGUUUUUUGCACCCCUCGAAAGAGGGGAUAAGUUUAAUCUCUAUACAAACUUGUAAAAUGAUUCAUGUGGAUGUCUUCAAAACUAGGUCGUUUUAGAAUAUUUGCGAAUGUAAAAUACCAAACCACUUUGAUUUCGGAUAUGUUUUAGAAAUUCGUUUUUUGCACCCCUCGAAAGAGGGGUCAAGUCUAAUGUCUGUCUCAACUAAAAUGAUUCAAGCGGAUGUCUUCAAAACUAGGUCGUUUUAGAAUAUUUGCGAAUGUAAAAUACCAAACCACUUUAAUUUCGGAUAUGUUUUAGAAAUUCGUUUUUUGCACCCCUCGAAAGAGGGGUCAAGUCUAGUUUGUCUCAACUAAAAUGAUUCAUGCGGAUGUCUUCAAAAUAGGUCGUUUUAGAAAAAUUGCAUAACCUCAAUACCAAACCACUUUAAUUUCGGAUAUGUUUUAGAAAUUCGUUUUUUGCACCCCUCGAAAGAGGGGUCAAGUCUAGUUUGUCUCAACUAAAAUGAUUCAUGCGGGUGUCUUCAAAACUAGGUCGUUUUAGAAUAUUUGCGAAAGCUUAAUACCAAACCACUUUAAUUUCGGAUAUGUUUUAGAAAUUCGUUUUUUGCACCCCUCGAAAGGGGGGUCAAGUCUAGUUUGUCUCAACUAAAAUGAUUCAAGCGGGUGUCUUCAAAACUAGGUCGUUUUAGAAUAUUUGCGAAAGCUUAAUACCAAACCACUUUGAUUUCGGAUAUGUUUUAGAAAUUCGUUUUUUGCACCCCUCGAAAGAGGGGUCAUGUCUAAUGUCCUGUCUCAACUACAAUGAUUCAAGCGGAUGUCUUCAAAACUAGGUCGUUUUAGAAUAUUUGCGAAAGCUUAAAACCAAACCACUUUAAUUUCGGAUAUGUUUUAGAAAUUCGUUUUUUGCACCCCUCGAAAGGGGGGUCAAGUCUAGUUUGUCUCAACUAAAAUGAUUCAAGCGGGUGUCUUCAAAACUAGGUCGUUUUAGAAUAUUUGCGAAAGCUUAAUACCAAACCACUUUGAUUUCGGAUAUGUUUUAGAAAUUCGUUUUUUGCACCCCUCGAAAGAGGGGUCAUGUCUAAUGUCCUGUCUCAACUAAAAUGAUUCAAGCGGAUGUCUUCAAAACUAGGUCGUUUUAGAAUAUUUGCGAAAGCUUAAUACCAAACCACUUUAAUUUCGGAUAUGUUUUAGAAAUUCGUUUUUUGCACCCCUCGAAAGAGGGGUCAAGUCUAGUUUGUCUCAACUAAAAUGAUUCAUGCGGGUGUCUUCAAAACUAGGUCGUUUUAGAAUAUUUGCGAAAGCUUAAUACCAAACCGCUUUGAUUUCGGAUAUGUUUUAGAAAUUCGUUUUUUGCACCCCUCGAAAGAGGGGUCAAGUCUAAUGUCUGUCUCAACUAAAAUGAUUCAAGCGGAUGUCUUCAAAACUAGGUCGUUUUAGAAUAUUUGCGAAAGCUUAAUACCAAACCACUUUAAUUUCGGAUAUGUUUUAGAAAUUCGUUUUUUGCACCCCUCGAAAGAGGGGUCAAGUCUAGUUUGUCUCAACUAAAAUGAUUCAUGCGGGUGUCUUCAAAACUAGGUCGUUUUAGAAUAUUUGCGAAAGCUUAAUACCAAACCGCUUUGAUUUCGGAUAUGUUUUAGAAAUUCGUUUUUUGCACCCCUCGAAAGAGGGGUCAAGUCUAAUGUCUGUCUCAACUAAAAUGAUUCAAGCGGAUGUCUUCAAAACUAGGUCGUUUUAGAAUAUUUGCGAAAGCUUAAUACCAAACCACUUUAAUUUCGGAUAUGUUUUAGAAAUUCGUUUUUUGCACCCCUCGAAAGAGGGGUCAAGUCUUAUGUCUGUCUCAUCUAGAAUGAUUCAUGCGGAUGUCUUCAAAACUAGGUCGUUUUAGAAUAUUUGCGAAUGUAAAAUACCAAACCACUUUAAUUUCGGAUAUGUUUUAGAAAUUCGUUUUUUGCACCCCUCGAAAGAGGGGUCAAGUCUAAUGUCUGUCUCAACUAAAAUGAUUCAAGCGGAUGUCUUCAAAACUAGGUCGUUUUAGAAUAUUUGCAAAACCUUAAUACCAAGCCACUUUAAUUUCGGAUAUGUUUUAGAAAUUCGUUUUUUGCACCCCUCGAAAGAGGGGUCAAGUCUUAUGUCUGUCUCAUCUAGAAUGAUUCAUGCGGAUGUCUUCAAAACUAGGUCGUUUUAGAAUAUUUGCGAAAGCUUAAUACCAAACCACUCUAAUUUCGGAUAUGUUUUAGAAAUUCGUUUUUUGCACCCCUCGAAAGAGGGGCGUCCGUGUUGAAAAUACACAUACCACUGUAGUUUCAAUAAUUUCAAUAACUUCUACAUCUGCGACCGACCUUUCAAGGGUCGGUAUCAAACAGACGAAAAUCUACAGUACACAACCACUGGAAUUUCGAAGAAAUUCUAUAGUUUAUCCUAGUUUGCGUAAAAUAAAAGGUCUAACCACUGGAAUUUCGAAGAAAUUCUAUAGUUUAUCCUAGUUUGCGUCUAAACCAAGUUCUUACCACUGAAAUUUCGAAGAAAUUCUAUAGUUUAUCCUAGUUUGCGUCU